AUGAGAGAGAUAGGAACAGACAUGAUUGAUAGCGGCAGAGGAGAAGGAGUCUCACUAAGUAUAUGGGACUUUGCUGGACACGACAUAUAUUACUCAACCCAUCAGGUAUUUCUGACGUGGCGAGCUAUUUAUGUGAUUGUCUUUGAUCUCAGUAGAAGUUUGGAUUCUGUCGUUCCCCCUGAAUCCAGAGACAAGAAUUAUGAAAUGGUUAAAGGAGGUGCCAAAUCAGAACUGACAUGUCUAGAGUUCAUCAAUUUCUGGUUGUAUUCCAUCUACGCCCAUGCGGUGGCGCCGUCUUCAGUCAUAAAUAAGAAUACGCGGUCUAAAACCGCCCAGAAAUCUCCACCAAUAUUCAUCGUUGGAACGCAUCGAGAAAGUGUGAAAGGAGAUGCAAAAGAGAAAAGGGAAAAGAUCGGCUCUGCCUUUAAGAAGAUCCGUGAAUCUAUCAUGGAGAGGCCGUUUCAAUGCCAUGUGGUUCCCGAGUAUUAUGCCAUUGAUAACAGCUUAGAGGACAAAGACGAUAUGCUGGUUGCGUUGAGGAGACAUAUUGAGAGAGUAGCGAUGGCAGAGCCUUACAUGGGAGAAGAGAUUCCACUCAGAUGGCUCUUAUUUGAAGAAGCUCUAGCUGCACAUGAAAUCAAUUACAUGUCGUUAGAUCAGGCCAAGGAGCUGACACAGUCAGUAGGGAUGGAAUUGGAGCAUGAACUUCUCACGAUGCUGACCUUUUACCACGACCUUGGUAAUGUAGUCUACUACGGAGGCAUUGAAGACCAGACGUCUCUACUACGAGACAUGGUGAUCCUGAAUCCUCAGUGGCUAAUUGAUGUCUUCAAGCAGGUCAUAACCAUCCUUGAUCCCGCAAAGAGGGAUGGAAUCGUGAGUGAUGCUUUGGUCACUCUUGAGAAGGAUGGUAUCUUAGAGGAUAGGUUGAUUCAGCAUAUGUGGCAAGGAUUCUUGGAGCAAAAGGAGGCACUAGUGCAGCUCAUGGCCAAGUUCGAUCUCAUAUGUGACGCUUUUGUAGAACGACCCCAGCAGGAUGGAGUAGACACUGAGGUAUCAAAUGAGACAGAGAAGGUGGUAAAUAAGCGCUACUAUGUUCCUUCCAGACUGACGUCCCCUUGUCCCCAAGAAGAGAAGGCACAGAUCAAAUCUUCUACAGACUUUUAUUUGGACUUCAGAGGCUUCUUACCAGGUUGCCCUUAG